AUGAAAAAGCUUGAAGAAGAGAAAAAUAGCUCGGCUAUGUUUUGGCAAGCAGUUAAAGAAGAGCACCAUCUUGCAAGGCUCCGACUGCAUCAGAAACUUACAGCUGAAUUCGAUUCGAAUGAUCAGCUAAAACAUAAAUUGCAAGAAAAACGCAAGGAACAACUGAGGAAAGCGGAAGAAUAUCGCAAUGAACUGGAAGAAAUGAACCGUCGUCUAAAGGACCGAGCAUUAAUCAUUGAACAACAAGAGAUGUUAAUUGAAAAACAACGGUUUACUCCAUAA